AAAUGAAUCGCCAUAUUUUACAAUAGAUACACCGGUGGAAGACAAAACAAUAAGAAAGGCCUAUGAAAUUAGGAAGAUCGUACAUACUCCUCACUCCAAGGUUGCAUAUCCAUCCAAUAUGGCAUGAUGACUUUCACUGGUCAGGGUCCUAUUGCUCAUCACUUAACAAAACCACCCCUAACAGUCCUUUCCAGUUGAACCUAAAGACCCUUUUUAAGUACCUAUCUUCCAAUGCCACCAUGGGCAACAAGGAAUUUUACAACACUAAAGUCCUUGGCACAAACCACUUUGAUACAAUAUAUGGACUCUACUUGUGCAGGGGUGACCUCCCUUCUCAACUUUGUGGAAAGUGCAUCUCAGAAGCAACCCAUAGCUACUUGUUCCCAGACCCAGACCAAGGAAUAUUCGAUUGCUCCUCAUCCAGAGAGGGAGGAAUUUCGUAUGACGAGUGCAUGGUUCAAUAUUCCAAUAACCUCACUUACUUCUCGGCAGUCGACUUAACGCCUUCUAGUGGUUCUUGCUUGUCAAGCAAUAUGUCUGCAACCUUCAUGAAUUUAGUGUUUGACACUCUGAACAAAAUUGCAGAUAAAGCAUCUCAAGGUUCUACAGAGAAGUAUGCUACAAAACAAGUAAGAAUAUCUGGAUUUCGGUCCCUAUACUCUUUGGCUCAGUGUACACCAAACCUGUCAUCUCAAGAUUGUAGAACCUGUUUAGGCAACAUGAUAAAACAAGUUAAACAAGAGUGCGGUGGAAACGAAGCAACAAGUUCCAGCCGCAGCUGCAACUUGAAGUAUGCUAUGUACCCUUUCUAUCGUGAAAGUAAAAGCCUGGCACCAGUAGGACUCAUUCCUAUAACAAAUCUGUCAAAUGAUUUUGGCUAUCUUUCCCACAACUGUUCAACUUCAACCAACGAAACCAUCAUCAAGAACAGUCAAUUUGAAUCUAACCUCAGGAACCUUCUCUCUUCCUUGUCUUCUAAUGCCACCAACAAAAUUGGCUUCUACAAGACCACCAUUGGUGGCGGAGAAAGCCCCUCUGACACGGUUACCGGUCUUUUCAUGUGCCGUGGCGAUGUGUCCCUUAGUCUCUGUCAACUCUGUGUCCAAACCGCUGCUAAACGAAUACAUUCAGAGUGUAGUUCAUCGAAGGAAGCCAUCAUUUGGUACACUCAUUGCCUUCUUCGCUACUCCUAUCGAUCUCCCCUCCCCACCUGGAACGACACGAGUCCCAUGUUUCAUGAGUUCAACAUUGCCAACACCUCCAACCUUAACCGAGAGCAACAGAACUCCUUCACUCUCACAUUAGUGAGCACUUUAUCAGACAUAACGAAUAUGAAGGAGGAGAGCACCACCAAGAAUUAUGUAACUGCAACCGCCAAACUGAAUGGUGUCCAAACUCUAUAUGCUCUCGGCCAAUGUACACCAGAUCUAAAUAGUGGAGAUUGCAGCUCUUGCUUACAGAACAUUUUCCUAUAUGAAAUUCCAUGGUGUUGUUUGUCAAGUCCAGAGGGAAAAGUUUUUUAUCCUAGCUGCUAUAUCAUGUUUGGAUUGUCCAAAUUUCAUGGAGACGAUGAUCGACUCGAGACACCUAGUCAGGCUAGUCUUCCUCCACGAGCUACAGGAGGAAAGAGAAAUGGUAGGUAUCAGAAAAAAAUUCUGUUGAUUCUUGUUCCCACUAUUGUUGCUGGGAUGCUCUUCUUAUGUUCUGGCUGGCAUUUGUUAAGAAGAAAAGAAAGCAAGAGAUACAAAACUAUUCUCAGAGAAAAUAUUUUUGGUGAUGAAGGUAGUACUUUGGAGCCAUUGCAAAUGGAUUUGGCUAUAAUUGAGGCAGCAACAAAUAAUUUUUCAACUGAGAACUUGAUUGGGAAAGGUGGAUUUGGAAAUGUUUAUAAGGGUAUUCUUUCUGAUGGGAGACAUGUAGCUGUAAAAAGAUUAUCAAAAAUUUCUAAACAAGGUAUUAAGGAGUUCAAGAAUGAGGUGUUGUUGAUAGCUAAAUUUCAACAUCGGAAUCUUGUAACAUUCAUAGGUUUCUGCUUGAAAGAUGAAGAGAAGAUACUGAUAUAUGAAUAUGUACCAAAUGGAAGCCUUGAUUACUUUUUAUUUGAUACUCAGCAACAAAAGUUGUUAAAUUGGUCUCAGCGUUAUAAAAUUAUAAAAGGAGUUGCACGAGGAAUUCAUUAUUUACAUGAGCAUUCUCGACCCAAAAUUAUUCAUCGUGAUCUUAAACCAAGUAAUGUCCUGUUAGAUACAAGUAUGAAUCCAAAAAUUUCGGACUUUGGCAUAGCUAGAAUUGUGGAAAUGGACCGAGACCAAGAAAUUACAAACAAAAUUGUUGGGACAUUUGGUUAUAUGUCUCCGGAAUAUGCUAUGCUUGGAUAUUUUUCCGAAAAAUCAGAUAUUUUCAGUUUUGGAGUUAUGAUUCUAGAAAUUGUUACUGGGAAAAAGAUUUUAACUUCUUAUGAUUGUUAUCAUCUUGCUUCAGGCCUACUAAAUUAUGUUUGGGAAAAGUGGACAGAAAACAAAGCAUUAAGCAUAUUGGACCAAAAAAUAAAAGAAAAUUAUCUUGAAAUUGAAGUUAUUAAGUGUAUUCAAGUUGGAUUGUUAUGUGUUCAAGAAAAUCCAGAUGUUAGACCUCCAAUGAUAACAAUUAUUUCAUAUCUUGAUAACCACUUAAUUGAAAUGCCAUCUCCUCAAGAGCCAGCAUUUAUGUUACAUAGAAGAAUAAUUGAUCAAGUACAAGUAGUUGGUGGUGCGUCAAGCUUUGGUCAUAUCAACAAUUUUACGCCAUCCUCUAUCAAUGAGAUGUCUAUAAGUGAAGAUCUUUCUAGAUAUUUAAAAAUUGUACCGAACUGAUUGGGAGUCAAAUUUAUUGGAUUUCUAGUCAAACCAGCCGAUCCAUGCUUAUAUCUCUAACAAGAUGAAGGCCGUUAAUUGAGGUGCUUUGAUUUGUUGGAUCCAUUGAAUCAGAAACUAGCUCAACGAAAUGUUGAAUGCAAUCAAUGCAAUAUAACCUUCUUCUCUAGAACUCGUGAUCGGAACUCAUCACUCUAUGCAUGGAUGUCAACGUUCUCAUCUCAGCUCUAUCGUAUAUGAGUUGAAGAGAAGAGAAGAAAGAAACUAGAUGAGGAAAGAGAGAAAAAGAAUCGAAGAUGAGAAGGAAGGUGUAGCUGCAUUGCAAUGGCUCACGGCACCUUGUGGAAAAUAUGGUUUGAGAAAGACAGAGAGAAGCUUACAACACAAGAAAGAGGGAAAUGGAAACCGAGGGGGGAGAGUGUGAUUCAUGCAUUGAUCUGAACUUUUUCAGUAGAGAAUGAGAAGCUCAACUAACUCUCUGAGUUAAGUUGUUAACUUCUAACUAACUCAUCUAACUAACUAUUAUAUUCGCCUUCUUCCAACUAACUUCUUACACUUUUGCAUACAUAUAUCAGUGACACAUUUAAAGUUCACUGAGUCUCUUUAGCUCUGCAACUAAUUAACUAGCCAUGCGUGCUUAACAAAAUCUAACUGUAUGGUUCCAAUCUGAACUUUAGGAGUCAAAGAGAUUCCUUGUAGAUAUUUGCAGCACGUUCGGGGAUGAUAGCUGUUCAAUUAGAGGAAUUGUGCGCAAUGCACAAACAAAAACAUUUUAAAACUGCAGAUUAGAUUUUGUAGACCAAAUUAAGCUGUUUUAAAACGGUGAAAGUUACUGUUGUUAUUGAAAUUUAUUGCCAAAAUACCUCUUUG